CCAACAAUGCGACCCCUCAGAGUCGUUUCAGUAGUGACCGUGACCGGUUCGACUGCCGCGCCAGUCUGACUAUUUAACUGUAGCAGCAGCAGCGGCACGUGUUCGCUUUUCAUUCGAAAAGAAAGUCCUCAAAAACUGGACCAAAAACACGAUCGUCGUUCGUCGGAACUUUCGGACUUUCGCCUGAUUUGUGUUGCAAAUGCUGUAAAGAUCGUGUGAUCGUAUGUGUGUGCGUGUGUGUGUGUAUGGUGGCCAAGGAAGCUGCCCCAAAACCGCAACAUUAACCACCGGCAAGUGUUGCUACCGAAAGACGUCGGUCGAACGAUUUGGUGUUAAAGGCAGAGGUGUACGAAGCAUAUCAGUGCGCAGGGGGUAUCACGUGUGGAGUCCGCGGAGGACCGGAGGAAAGCAUAAAUGGAAUUUUAAGCACUUGCCGCAAGCCCCGAGCGUUGCGUCGUCGUCGAUAGUGGCGAUAAAGAGCCGACGAACCGGUGGUUCAGGGUGUUUAGUGGGGGUCUGUUUUCGGAAGUGUUGUUGACUCCUCCGCGAGAGCGGGUUGUAAUUGUACCCCACCUUGCUCUCUUCCCAUCUUCCCUCUGCCCCCUUCCCCCCUUCGGAAUCGAAAUCGAAAUCUAUCUGCGGCCAGUCCGUCAGUUCGAUAAGAUAAGCAAGCGGCCAACAGGUCAGCCAAGGCACUAGCAGCAAACGCAGCAAACAGUGAGCUUAUCUUAAUGCGUAUCGAAUCCCCUCCCAUAGGCUCGUAACAGACCGCGGCGAGUGGCCAGACAGUAGAGGGAGUAUCCAACCGCAGCGAACCCAUCGUGAGCGAACCGCAGUUCGCAGAGUGUUCACGCCCGUCCGCGACGUAUAGUGUGUAGUCUGGCGAUCAGACAAAGUGCUUCGGUCUCCCCGUGUUCGUCCCCGUGUCCGUGUGGUCAAGGAUCAUGCGGUAGUGGAAGGCCCGUGCCGUGAUUUAUGUGUUGCUGUGUGUCUGACGAUCUACCUUUUCCUGCCUUAGAACUGCCAAAGUGCCGAGUGAUAGUGUUUCGCGAACGUUACAAUGACACCUCCACCACCACCGCCACCACCACCAACCCCGGGCACUCCGGUGGCACCUAUAGCGCCCUCUAAUGGACACGUGUCACCAGCGCCAGUAUCAGCCUCACUAUCGAAGGGGCCAGCGCUUGAUCACAAUGACCAGCUGAUGGCGGCCAUUCGUGCGGGUGUUACCCUGAAUCCGACUAAAACCAACGAUCGCAGUACGCCGGGCUUCAUCCAACGAUCGAACGGUGUCGUGGAUGCCAAUGGAAAAUGUGACCAGCAUCCGGGAUCGUCGACAGAUGAGCAGGGAAUCGAUGGGAUAAAAGAUGCCCUGCAGGCGGAACUGCGCAAUACGCUGAAACGCAAGAUCAAGAAACAGGAAGUCGACAACGGUGAUUGCACGAAGAACGAGGAAAUUGAAAGAUCGAUCGAAGCAACGCGCAGCGAGAUACAGCUUAAGGUGAACGGUGCAGCAGAACCCACCUACAAACAUGCCGAUACUCCAAAGGUGGAAAAUCCACUGAAGACACUUGUCGACGCGAUUGAUAAGGAACGGGGAGUUAUUACUACAGCUGCUACUGCUGCUACAGUCCCUCAUCCUAAACAAGCAAGUCCUGUGCUCGGUCAGAAGCCUCCAUCAUCGAACACACCGUCGAACAAAACUGUAGACACUCCGAAGUCUGCGACAAAGGCUGUGACGGUGGUGAUGCCACCGGUUCAAAACGGAAACACUGUGGUAGUCAAUAUAAGUCCGACACCAUGGAAGAAAGCUGUUCCAGCGACUACUAGCCCAAUUGUCCCUAGUACUCCCAAGUUACCGGAAGCCAACGAACCGAUUGUGAGCCCGACGCCAUGGAAGAAAACGGUUUCUUCAACAACGAUGACCACCUUGCCCAAGGCUUCAAGUUCUCCUAAGUCUGUGGCAAACGAAUCAACUAAGAGCACCAUCACCGUCACUAGCCCUCAGGCGGGUCGGCCCGAGAAAGUCACCUCUCCCGGUGUUGCUCCAGCGGUAGCCAACCUGUCGGCCAUGUUCAGCGGCGGUUCAGCAUCGAAUACGCUUCCAAAGACGAAUGGAACUCUCCAGAAGGGCGCAGCACGACUCAAUAGCUCACCGGCUCCAGCGAGUCCCGUUGUGGCCAGCACUGGCAGCACUAAACAAGCCACCAAUAACUCUUUCUCAAAUACCUUACCAAGGGUUAAGGCACAGCCGACAACCAAGAGUACGUCUUCUAGCCCUAUGUACACUGCAACGGUAAAGGUACCGAUCACUAGUUUCGUCGAUAAUCUCCGGGCUGCUGCCGCUAUGGAACCACUAACCAUUGACACAACAUCGAACGGUAGCAGUACUGGUACGGCGUCCUUACCAACGACGCCGAAGGAGUUGCUUUCACCACAGGUACGCUCUGGUACUGCUUCGAUCAGACCGUCGCAGAUAAAAACACUAACGAAAGCAGGUAGCCCCGUAAGCCAUACCGACAUUCUGGAAACACCGAAAGCGAUCACCAAGCUGCCGGUCACACUGAUCGAGCCUGCUCCAGUACUUACGGCAGCGGCUGCCGCUUCACCAUCUCCAGCAACACCACCGGCGUCCCCUAGGAAUGGAGACGGUGGCUCGAAGGCAUCACCAGGGAACAACCCGGUGCAAUCGAACAAGGAGCGUACCUUCGAGAGAGCAACAAAGGACACCAAAAGUCCUCUGAAUCGGUGGAACGAUGGGGGAUCUGGUGGAACCGCGCGGAAACUGUUAAUUUCACACGGACGACCCAAUUUUACGAUCAAACGCUCGACCUCACGCCAGGGGUUCGAUGUGGAUGUAGCGGAUAACAAGGAUACGGAUGCCCCAAAGCCUGUGUUUCGCAUUCUGACUGAUUUGGAGAAUAGUGAAAAGGCACAGGAUCAGCAGCAGCAGCAGCAGCAACAACAACAACAACAACAACCUACUCCAGUUGUCCAGCAUUACGUGUCCUUUGCGAAGGAUCUUUCCAACGCACCAAACAAUCAUCCCGAUGUGGCAGUCGUCACUAAGAUUCUGCCCGCGAAAGUGCCAAACACGGAGACGGAUCCGUUUCUGGCGACGCUAAAGGACAUCAAGAUCGACAUAGACGAGAUGAAAGUGGUGGUUCAGGCGAAGGACUCAUGAGUGGCGGUAAUUGAUUGUCUUGGGCCUAUCUGGUUCCUAUGAAUGAGGGAGGCGACCGGAUGUUAAGCAAUAUUAGUUUGUAGGGCAAACAUGGACAUUAUCUAGGAUAGUUUCUAUUAUGUGAUUCACAAAAACUAAAAUCAAAAUAAAUUGUAUUCAAACAUCA